AUGGAGUCACAUUCAUUAAACACACCCGCUGGCUACCUGCCGACAAAGAAAUCACAACUGGUUAGUCAGGCGCGUAUUGCGAAGAUUAACGAACUCUAUAAAAGAAAAAAUAAAGAGCAUAGAGACUCUGUCGUGUCCAAUAAUUCAACUUCGGUGCUAUCAAAUACAACAAAUUCAAAUGACUGCGCUCCUGUAUUUGGUCUGAAAUACAAGCCUAACAACAAUGGAUAUCAUCUGGAUGAACCAACAGCGACAGUGAAACAAGAGGUUAGCGAACCAAAUCUAUUCAAUUUUACUGUACCACCGCAACAGCCCUCUCCAUCAACUUCAUCUGAUGUGGGGACUUCUGAUAAUCGACAGCAAAAAUUACAGAACAGGCGGCCAGUGGUACAUAAUGAAGAUGAUGAUGAGGAUUAUGAAGCAGAGUUAAAAUUUACACCAAGGUUAAAGUCAAGAAGGAGCUUGAUAAUAUCGAGCAAUUUAGGUGAUUCGGAUGGAGAUUUCGAAAAUGAGAUGCCAGAAAGACUGCGACGUCCCGCUCAUGGCUCUAGUUCGAGAAAUAGAAGACUUUCUUUAAAAAAAGCACUGGGCGAUCCAUUACCACUGCCGUACGUCAAUAAGGACUUUGAAAAUUCUUCAAAUGGAAACGAUACUGUCCUAACCGAUGAAGCAUUCAAUGAGAAGAGGCGAUUAAUAGAAAAAAAAUGGCGCUACCUAGUUUCACCAGGCAAGAGAGUAGCGGAGAGCAGAUUUAAAGAGAACAAAGAGUAUCAUGAUUCCAAUAACUCACCAUUUUCCAUCUUUAAGUCGGAGUUAUCUGCGUCAUCAUCAAAUUCGGCACUAGCGACCGGAAGUCACGAAAUUAUGAAGAGUUUGAAAGAGGAAAUUAUUAGUAACAGAGAUAAAUUGGAUAGAAUAGUUGAUUUGCUGAACAAUCAGAACAAGAUACGCACCACAAAUUCAAACUAUAGUGAAUAUUCUUUUUGGAUAUUUUGUAUUAUUUUACUCAUCUUUUUCAAUAUUUAUGUGUAUUAUUAUUAA